AAAUUACUCCACAGAUGGGUGUAGAGUCACAUCAAUUCUCCACUCUGUCCCACUGGAUGUCCUCAAGAGACAGGCUGCUUUGCAGUUUUGAUAGUCUUGUGCAAACCUCUGUGAGAUGUAAAGGUCACCACAGUGACUAGAGUUUGGUCAUGAAGGGACCCACAGUGGCUUUCUUGUGUGCAAGCCAUCGCUGCAUAAAAUUGGUAGUCUAAAACCGGCCUCGUGAUCUGCUGGUAGCUAGUGCAUGAAUAACAAUGUAAACAGCUUUCUGAAUGUGUAGCAUGGGCAAGGCAUGCACACUUCUUGAUGGCCAUGCACACGCACCCGCACAGCACCACAUUAUACAGUGAUUGGUAGAGAACUGCCUGGUGUGCACCGUUAAUCUGGCUGUGUAUGUACAGUACUGAGCUGUUUGAGAGUGUGCUGUUGUGUUCAGCUGGAUCUUGUGGAUGGUGGUGGUACAUGGACAUGUACAUCUGUUUCUUGGCUCUUUGUGGGUGCUAGUGAGAGUAUCUGCCAGCCUCUAGAUGAGAUGAGGUGACCCCAUGAGGGCAAGCCUUUGGGUAUCAGACCCAGGGGAAGAUGCCAGCCCCAGCUUCCCCUGCCGGUCCCCUGCCGAACUCCCCACCUUCUACACUGGACCAGAUGCUCCGUUGUGUUCAUGCCUCGGACCAAGUCAGGCGUGUGUACAUGUGCAUUGAGGAAGCUCACUACCUUUCACUCUCAGUGACUGGAGACUCACAUGAAUUCACCAUGCGUCUAAAACUACUCACCAGCAGGCGGAACAUAUCAGCACUAAUGGUCAUCAUUGUCAUGCAGGUUUCCCUCACCUGUGUGUGGCUGGCCUUCAAUGGAAAUGGCAGUGGGAGCGAUUUAGACCGCAACGAAAGUGACCAGAACAGACAACAAAAUGACAAGCCCAAUUCGAUUAAUCCGGAACCGGAGGCACCAAACACAAGACACUCACCACGAAACACUGACAAAUCGUCAUCAAAAUCGGAAGAGAAUAGAAAGGACAGCCGGGGAGAGGCACUCCACGGACAGAAGACAUCCUCAGGAAGAUCGACUAGGGGACAGCCUAUGGCAGCCCCAGCCAAACCAGACAAGCAUUCGGUCAGGAGAAUCCAAGCCCACCAGAGCAAAUUUCUUCUCCGCAUGAUUUCUUCAGUGGUCACCUACUGCGACGGAGACGUGGAGUUUUACCAGAACAUGACUGCACUCAUGAGGAACGUGAUUGUGGACCCGGCCAAGGCGCACACAAAAGCUAAAGGGGGAGAGAAAGUAAAGGAUGUCCUCCUUCAACACGAAAGUGCCGAGUUCUACCACCACGAAAAAGGAUUGAUUCACAUUGAAAACUGCUCUAACAUUCCAGCACCUCACAUCUUUCGAUUUGGUCACAUGUCCCCUGAGAUUGACCAACUGAGUAAUGCGGUGAAGAUAUCAAAGGACCCUUACAAGAACCAGGGGGAGACAAUACUUGAAUAUGACAGCGAUUUUGUGAUUCUACUUACCCGAUUUGAGUAUGCCAAUGUUUACUGGACCGUCAUUGACUUGUACAAUGCUUUCCUGAUGAUGCAGCUGUACAAUCGGACAUUUCACAACACAGAUCUCUGGAUAUUUGAUGCCCAUCCCGACACAUCCUUAGAGGGACUCUUCACAGGUACAUUCAGGCGAGUCUUCCGGCUGACAGAGAUCCAGGGAAAGACCCGGUUCAGGAACUUGCUGCCAUGCUUCAGUCGAGGCAGGACCCCCAUUCUGUUGAAGGUCCUCCGACCGUUGACACUUGCCGGCAAAUUCCGGCAUGAUGUGCUGUCCGCUUUGGGCGUGCCGGUGAAAUCCAACAAGGACCGGGAGCGACGCUGCUGGGAAAAGCGGCUGGACAUCCUCUUCAUUUGGAGACACAAUUAUGUUGGGCACCCCAGGAAUCCCAAAGGAAUCGUGUCCCGGAAAAUCUCCAACGAGGGUGAGCUGCUGCAAAGCACCAGGAAACACUUCCCAAACUACACUGUCCAGGGAGAACAACUUGACAAGCUACCGAUGAGACGACAGCUACAGCUGAUCGGGAAUGCAGACAUCAUGGUGGGGAUGCACGGGGCGGCCUUUGGUUUCUCUGUAUUCAUGCAGGAAGGGGCAGGAAUCCUCGAGAUGUGGCCGAGGGGGCUACAAGGCAAUUGGCACAUGGAAUACUUGGCUAAACGCAGCAGCCUCUACUACCAGAGCUGGCAGAACAGCGAUCCCGCCAGUGAGAACACGGCCGAGAAAUCCACCAAAGUGUCCCCUGUGGCCGUCAACAGCAAACUGGAGGCGUUGUCAAUGAGCAUUUGUUCAAAGUACAAAGAAAAAGCAACACUCUGAUGACAAAUGAGAGAUUAUGACGAAUGUCCAUUGAUUUAUCUCAUUUAUUUGGCAACUUUCGAUGAAACAGAUUUGUUUCUUAUGUUCCAGAUGUAAGUUACAUGUUCAUGUAUGUCAGAUUCAGAUUUAGUUUACACAGCUGUCCAAUUUUGCUUAUAGAGACAAACCCAUUGUAUAAAUAUAUAUCUAUUUAUUUUUUCAAAAAUAAGUUGGGGUGGAAGUCACCACUAUUCCAUCAAUGAUUUAUCAAUGAAGACUACAUACAUGUACGGUGUUGCAGAUUGGGUCAGUGCUGUUGAGCGGCUGACACUUUUAAAAUACUUGGCUAAGCAUUGCCAAAUAUGAUGAAUAAAUGCUAAGCCAUUGCCCUACAAUGCAGGACUGAGCAUCAUACAUGCCAUACAGGUAGAUAAAUUUGCAGUUUUACUGGGAGAGGGAAUGACCCAAUUUCCCCCAAACCCUAUACAUACCAGUGCUACAAUUUCACACAGAUACCCCCCUUCCUGAAAUCUGGAUCCGCCCCUAAAUCAACUUUAACUGUCAGGUGCAUUUUAAACGUAAACACCUACACAUACAUGUAAGAGCGGCUGGAAAAUUAUCCUGACAUUGAUAGAUUCGAGUUCGUUGGGUUUAGGGGUUAUUGACAAGAUUUGUUGCAUGGAGCAUACAUGUACAGUAGAUGUGAGAGAUGUAUGAAUUUAUUUUGGUGAAGGUUGAACGCAUUUGUUUGUAAAAUGUUAAAUUCAUAUUGUUUCCUUUCUUCAUAAAACAGUACUUUUGCAUUGGUUUUAAAUAUGGUACUCUUUUGGACGGCAGAAAAAAUCUUUCAGUAGUAAAGUUUAUGAUGGAGAGUGAUGUUUCAUUCAUAAAGUAAAUUAUUUGAAUUCAUUGAGAGUAUUACAGUCUUCUGAGCAGGAAAAUUAAGCCAAACAGACUAGAAAGAGUAAAGAAUGAGAAAGUUUAUUUCACUGGCCAUUUGCCAUUUGUUUCCUUCCUCUCUAAUCUUGACGUUCAAGUCUGAGAGUUCUGCAACCCAGUCAUGGCAAUUUUGUGUUGUUGGUCAUUACAGAGCUGCCAAACAUGAGGUACCAGGCAAAAUUUCAUUUAAAGUAAACUGCUUGUAACCAAAUUCCUCCAUAAAAUUGGCUAAAGGCUAUUCUGUUUCCUAAGCAACUGUGUAGCCUCUCCAUGAAACUGGACUCCAGUCGAUUAACAAAGCGCUCACCAUUUUUUCGACUUACUUACCAUACCAUUGUCAGAGGAAAGGAAAGUUCUAAGUUGAAGUGGCUAAUGAGUCUGUUGUCGCAAACCCCAACUUUUAAGUAAUUAACCCCCAAAACUGUCUUGGUUUGAAUGUGAAACUCAGAAAUUCCAAUUAAAAUCUGAGAAGGUUCCCUUGUUGUAAGCUUUAAUACAGCGAAACUGCAUGCACCUUUGGCAAAAGAAAAUAUGUGUAUUAUUAUCAGCAUGCUGUAGCACACUCCAAUGAAUAGCACCAUACUAGAGUGCAUAAGAGUCAAUUUUGUAUUAGAAAAAAACAAACCUUCCUGGUCAAAUUACAGUAAGGCCAGGAAAUUUUCAUUUUAAAGCUUGUAAGAAUCACUUGUCUUCACAUACUUUGUCUUUGAGUUUAAUACUUACUUUUUUUGCAUAAAAGCUUCCUCUAAAAUAAAUUUCUCUUCUUGCUCUUCCAAUUUUUGUUUUCAUGGGGUAAACAAAUUGCUCCACUGCCUAGCAGACAAAUGUGUGUUCAGGUAGUCAAGAUGAGCUGCCUUAAAAAACACAUCAAGCAACAAGUGUACCAAAUGCCUUUGUGCCUUAAUGCAAAAAAAAUUGAAGUGAUAAUUGACAAUAACAAUAAUACUUAUAACCCAUAAUUAAUCCAUUGCAGUGCCUACAUGUAGUAGUAAGCAUAUUUAUCCUCCUUUAAUUUCCUACUGGUAUUAGGCCAGCAUUUUUUUAUUUACCGGGUUCUGAAAACUGACUGAAAGUUUGCAGGGUCAGAGGACGGGAAGGGAAUAAUAAAAUCAAAACCCCAAUUAACAUAUCUCCGGUCAGGAGAAAGAAAAAAAUUGAAUUUAGUUUCUUUUUUUCCAAAUACCACUGGGAAUGGAAUAAUAUAAAUUCUUCCAUUUUUUUCCUGAAAUUGUAUUGGUUAGUAGGUUUGUAAUCCAACUAAUAGAAAAAAGUUGACCUUAUUUUUAUAUCCGCUUACUGCUCAUGAAUGCAAGUGAACUUUUUUUGUUCACCUGUUCAUUUCCCACAUGGAUUACAUACAGCACACUGAGAGCUGCUGUCAGUGAGAUUCUGACGAAUGUUGUGAAGCUGACGUUUGUUUUCGAUUUCCAUUGUGCAAGGCGUGAGGUAGGGAACUCCAUUUAACAGCUGUGGUGACUUUGAAAUCAUUUCCCAUGGUUGGGUUGCACAGAUGUACAUUGCAUACCAACCUCAGUCUCACACUCUGCAGUAAAUGGCAGUACCUUCUGGCAAAGCCAAUCAAAUCCAAAUGUAGUGACGGAAUUUCCAAUUAUCUAAGGUGGCACAAUGCACAUGUACCUGUAGAUACUGAGUUUAUUGAACAUAAUGAGACUUGAUGAUUGAGCAUAUCUUGCUAUCUGCUCAUGGACUGACUAAAUUCCUUGAGCAACCCUGGGCAAUACAACAGUACUUUCAAAAUACAGUACAUAUAUACAUGUCAGCACAGGAACAUACAUGUAAAUGUAUAUGUAUAUGACUCUCAUGCAUUAACUGGAGUCACCUUGAAGACCAGUUAUCAAGAGCUGCCAAGUUGAAUAAACUACAAAUUGCAAAUGGCCUUGGGCAAGCAAAUACAUGGACCAUACUGCACUCCCCCCAAACACAAUGGAAUCUUUUGCUCAAGGUCUCGAUCACUGUAGCACCUGUUAGAUUUGAUCUGAAAUGCUCCCUCCAAGGCCAGUUAGCACAGACAUGAAGAGUUGAGUGGAUUUCUGAAAGUUCUAUGAGCAUGCAAUUUUGGCUUAACACAUCUGUGUCUAGUGUACAGUACACUCUUGGAGAAAUGACAGUCUGUGCUGAAUGUAGAUGCGUAAACUUUUUCUUUAAUUACAGUACUUGACUGAAGUGAAAGGGUGUAAAAAAAGUUUCCCAUUCGGUGAGACCAUGGGUCUUUCAAGUGUUCUUCAGUGCACUGUUUUGCAUGUUUUAUGGGGGUCUGUCCUUCACUUCAGUUGUAAAGAUAGCUGAAGAAACUGACUGCAGUGAGGAUUUUAACCCUCCACCUGUGGAUAACUAAGCAGAUGCUUCACCAUGUACUGUACGGGUGACUGUCCAGCCCUAUGCUGGUGGUACAUGUACAUGUAACUCCCAACUGUCGAUACCUUUCUCCAGAGAGGAAUUCAUAAUUGUAUACAUUUAAAUGUAAGUCUUCUGACUAAUGAGUCUGCUUCCAGAAACUGGACAAUAUUAAGUGCCUGAUUGCUACCUACCGGUACGGUACAUGUAGGGUGGGGUUAAUUGGAGGUAUAUACCGGUAACUCAGUCCUGGCAGACCCUACAGUGGUGUUACAUGUAGGCCCUACAAUGUAAUUUUGCAGUGGCCAUGGUGGCAGUGUUCAAAUUUCAGUGCUGUUUGAUUCUUGUUGAUUUCAACAUUUUAUAUUUGAGUAUUGUAAGGUGAUAAAUUGAAAUUGGUGAUUAUGUGAGUGUGGAAAUACAUGUCUAUGUAUUUGAUCACAGAAUGAAGAAAAUUUGGCAUAUAAUGCAUAUUUUCAAUUAAAAAAGUAUUUUAAAUGUAAA